CACAUGCACAUACAGACACAAGUUCUCGAUCCCUUCCCUUCAAACUUUCUCUUGAAAAUCAGGGAGAGGGUCUUCAAAUUCAUGCUGGUUUCUCUCCCUGAUUCUCAUCUAACUAAUCUUUAGCACGCAUUGAAAUUCCAGAUUCAAGUUUAUCGUGGUGUGCCAAACAUCAAAGCUUCAUAUAUAUAUAUAUAUUCUCUGAAUAUAACUGACAUCAAUUUUGGGAUCAGUUCCUCAUUGAAUGAUACUAAUACCCAGGAGUUCUGGUUAACUCCAUUCAUUGUGUUCAAGACACCUAUGGAGCAAAUAUUUCGACUUUUCACAAUUCUGGUGAUUUUGGGCUCCACCCAUUUGGGCUCAGAUUGUGCUCAAAUCUAUGGAGACCAGCCACUCGCCAAGAUUAACAUUCGGAAAACCACUCUCGCCAUUCAUGAGUCGGCCUCCAUUAGAGCCUACCCUUCUGUUCUUGGCAUACAGGGUGAGGAUACAGAUUGGGUGACUGUGGAUCUCAAGUACCCUGAUGCUUCUGAUAAUGACUGGGUUGGAGUUUUUUCUCCUGGAAGACUCAAUGCAUCACAGUGCCCACCAGUAGAUGGUCAAAGAGAACAAACUCCAUAUAUAUGCACUGCUCCUAUAAAGUACAAAUAUGCAAAACAAGACAAUCCAGGUUAUACAAAGACCGGCAAUGCAACUUUGAAGUUUCAGCUUAUAAAUCAGCGAGCAGAUUUCUCUUUUGCAUUAUUUUCAGGCGGAUUGUCAAAUCCAAAAUUGGUGGCAAUUUCAAAUUUCUUGACAUUUGCCAAUCCUAAAGCGCCUGUUUAUCCACGUCUGGCUCAAGGGAAGUCUUGGAAUGAAAUGACAGUAACUUGGACUAGUGGCUACGGCGUAGGCGAAGCUGUUCCAUUUGUUGAGUGGGGUAUGAAGGGAGAUAUUCGAAAGCGAUCUGCAGCUGCAACAUUGACAUUUGAUCAGAACAGCUUGUGUGGUUCACCUGCAAGGACAGUUGGGUGGCGCGAUCCAGGUUUCAUACACACAAGUUUCCUGAACAACUUGUGGCCAAACACAUUGUACACCUAUAGGAUGGGUCAUCGUUACUUGGAUGGUCAGUAUAUUUGGAGCAAGGUCUACUCAUUCAAAUCAUCUCCAUAUCCUGGACAAGAUUCCUUGCAGCGCGUUGUAAUAUUUGGUGACAUGGGAAAGGCAGAGCGUGAUGGUUCAAAUGAGUACAGUGAUUAUCAACCUGGUGCUCUGAACACUACAGAUCAAGUCAUCAGUGACUUGAACAACAUUGACAUAGUUUUUCAUAUAGGAGAUCUAUCAUAUGCAAAUGGCUAUAUUUCACAAUGGGACCAAUUCACAGCACAGGUGGAGCCCAUUGCAUCAACUGUUCCAUAUAUGGUUGGCAGUGGUAAUCAUGAACGUGAUUGGCCUGAUUCGGGGUCCUAUUACAACGGAAUGGAUUCAGGUGGAGAAUGUGGUGUGCUUGGUGAGACCAUGUUUUACGUUCCAGCUCACAACCGAGCUAAAUAUUGGUACUCUACAGAUUAUGGAUUGUUUCACUUCUGUAUAGCUGACACAGAACAUGACUGGAGGGAGGGAACAGAGCAGUACAAGUUCAUUGAGAAUUGCCUUGCAUCCGUGGAUAGACAAAAGCAACCUUGGUUGAUCUUUGCAGGUCAUCGUGUCCUUGGUUAUACAUCUGACAAAUGGUAUAGUCAAGGGGGCGCAUUUGAAGAGCCUAUGGGAAGGGAAAGCUUGCAGAAACUUUGGCAGAAGUACAAGGUAGACAUCGCAUUUUAUGGCCAUGUCCAUAACUAUGAAAGGACAUGCCCCAUCUAUGAGAACCAAUGCGUAUCUUCAGAAAGAUCUCACUACUCUGGGAAAUUUAAUGGAACAAUCCAUGUUGUUGUUGGAGGAGCCGGAAGCCACUUAUCUGACUUCAGCCAACAACAACCAGGUUGGAGUCUCUACAGAGAUCAUGACUGGGGAUUUGUAAAAUUGACUGCAUUCAAUCACACAUCCCUCCUCUUUGAGUACAAGAAAAGCAGCGACGGGAAGGUUUACGAUUCCUUCACCAUAUCAAGGGACUACACAGAUGUAUUGGCUUGUGUUCACGACAGUUGCGAACCAACGACAGCAGCAUUUUAGAAUUAGUACCCUACCCUAUAUUCAGAUUCUUUCUGUUUGUAGAAGGCAGCUGCAUAUAUAAAUUUCAACAGGAUAUAUCAUGCAUAUUUGUCUACUCCAUGCUCACUAUUGACGAGAUGUAAUUACCAAUUGGGGUAUUAUUUAUCCAUCGGUUCAGAAUAAGAUAUGGAUCAUGCUUCAUUCUAAUUGGGAUA